GUAAAAGAAUAUAAGAAGUAAAAAUUAUUCAUUUCACAGAAUUAUUAGAACACGUAUAUGCAUACUUGUGAAGGGUAUUAUAUGAUAGCAUAAAAUGAAGAAUAUGUGUUCCAAUAAGAAUAUUCAUAAAUUAACGAUUUAAAUAAACAGUUAUCAAUCUUGGAAACAUAUGAAUCCUCCAAAUUAUGGAAUUGCAUGCUAAUUUAGGGGACAAAAUUCAUAUAAAUUUGGGAAAAUGCAUAUUUGGCAUAGGUUAACAUGAACUUAGGAAUAUAAAAAAAUAAACAUGAAAUGAAUCUGUUCAUGAUUUGCUAGACUCUUUUUCCGAAUGCCCAAGAUUUGCCAAAUAUAAAUCCUAACAAUUUGAGAAAACUAAAUUAAGUAAAGAUUACCAAUUGAAAGCUGAUCAGAGAUUCCAAUAAACGGAGACAAUUGUUUUGCUUCAAUUGGAAGGAUACGACUCUGAAUCAUAGAAAAUAGGAAGGAUCACAAAAACUCUUUCUUAGUAGGUUGUUUUCUUCUGCAACAAAUUUUCUUCCUUUGAAUCUCUUUCUUAGCAGGUUGUUUUCUUCCGCAACAGAUAUAAUAUGUUUCUUCAUUUUGAAUAAGAUCCGGAAAAUCAACAAAAACACCCAUCUUUACAUUUCUAUCAGUAUAUAAAUUGAUCAAUUAUUAACAGAGCCUGAGAAAAGAAAAGAAACCAAUAAAAGAACAAAUUACAAAACAUAUGAAACACGAAAUGAUUGUAAUUCUACCUGUCUGCAGAUUCAUGGACCUCUUCGGCUGCAGAAAAGAAAGGAUCUUUCUCUCACCGAUCGAAAUGGGUCGCCAUGUAUGUCAGUCUACUUUUAACCUCACGUAAUGCCAUGAUGAGUACAGGAAAUAACUUUUUGCAAAGCUUCAUUGGUUUUUCUUCUACACUUAGAUAUAAAGAAUCCCACUGAAAAGGAAAAAUAUUUUACGUGUAACAGGGAUGUUUUUGCUUCUUCAGGUUUUGAACAAAUAACUGUGUCAGUGUGGCAGGCAUCAACUUCACAGUUUGACGGUGUAGAUUUCAGAAUCCACACAAAGAUUCCGCAAAGAAUCAGCGAAGAAUCAUAGGGACUUUCCUUGCAAGGGCUCUCUCUCUCUCUACGCGACUUCGCCUCCCACGGUGAUCUCCAAUUUCCGGCCACCAUGGCCGGUGGUGAGCUGCCGGACACCCACCAUCACCCUCCUGGCCUCAAGACGAUCCCAUCCCACCCAAACAUCAGCCCCGUUGCUGGCAGAAACUGCCAGGAGGAAGCAGCCGCCGUCGCACAGGUCGCGCACUCCAGCCCGGCCACCACACGCAGCGGCAAGCCUCCAAACCUAUCCCCGAAGGUUCCUGACGUCCUUGCGAGUUCAGCGCCACCUGAAUCGCUGCAUUUGGAGGUCGGAAACGCCAGAUCGAAGUUCCAACCCGAUCCGCUGUUCACUCUCGGGUCGCUGAAUUUUCCGGCCAUAUCCGGCAAUAUUCUGGUCGCGCACCCUCCCAGUGUGUUCCUGCCGUCUCCACGAUCUCCAAGGACCCAUAAAUUACUCAAUUUGGUGCCGGAUUGAGAAAUCCCCAUAUAAGGCGAUUAGGGUUUCAUAGAUCACGAAGAUUGCUAGAGAGGGGAAGAAUCCGGACUGCUAAGGAGUGGACGCUUGUCAUCUAACACGUGUAAUCAAAUUAAAGCACUUAAAAUGCCACAUGUCAACAUUUUAAACUAUCAACUCUCAAAUAUUAUAUUAAAUGAUUUGUCUCCUU